UGAAGAUAGAAAAGGGUGAAAAAGGCGAUAAGGGUGACCGCGGUGAACCAGGACCACCGGGAGCAACCGGCCCACAAGGAUCACCUGGAACUUGUCCAAUCAACUGUCAGUCAGGACGUGAUGGACGUGAUGGUAUACCUGGAAGACCAGGAGAUACGGGACCAAUAGGACCAAUGGGACCACCUGGUCCACCAGGACCACCUGGACUACCAGCUCCGGUACUACAAGAAGGAGCAGAAGGAGUUCAAACCAUCGUUGGUCCCACUGGACCACAAGGACCACCUGGACCAAUGGGACCAAGAGGACCACCAGGACCACCAGGUAUCGGUGAACCAGGAUUGCCAGGACCUGCAGGACUUCCAGGCCGCUGCGAGAGAUUGCAUCCCGAGGAUAUCAGAAGAAUUAUUAGCGAUCCUCGAAUUAAAGGUGAAAAAGGUGAUUGCCUCCCAGGAAUACCAAUUCGUCAUUCAAGUGUAAGUAAGGAAACUGAUCCUUAUCAAUAUCGUUAUGCUAUGAAAGGCGAAAAAGGUGAACGUGGUGAAACCGGACCAGUAGGUGCAAUGGGUCCAAUUGGACAACCAGGACCACCUGGUCCUCCUGGACCAGGCGGACCAUCAUCAGCCGCUUAUCCGCAACCAAUACAUACUGCACCUGGAGGAGUUCAAGUCUAUCCAACAACAAUUGAAUUAUUUACCGCUUCACAUGGUAUGCCUAUCGGUUCGCUUACUUUUUGCAUAUCAAAUCAACAAUUAUACGUCCGUGUUAAUGGUGGUUUCAAGGAUAUUAAACUCGAAGGUUUUCAUCCAAUUAUGGAACAUCGCCCAACAGUU